UAUAAACUGCAGCGACCCUCACCAAACGCCGCUGCAGAUAUGCAAAAACGCAGCGCGCACAUAAAUUUUAGGCUAUAAAUUUGAAACGCCCCAGGAAAAUGCAUUGCAGCAGAACAAGCAAUUAAAAUAGAGACCGAAACCAAAGCGGAGACUAAGGCUGAGGCUGCGAUUGCAACAAGGAGUUGCCCUGCGAACGAGUCCUGCCCCGAGUGUCGACUGUUUGGUCUCGCCCUGUGCUAAAAACCUAUUUUGAAUAAUUAAAAUUCAGUAAGUGUUGCUGCUGCUGCUGCAACUUUUGCAACAAUCUGCAGGCGUCCGUUAUAAACACAGUAACAACAAGAACAACAAUGAUAUAAUUAAUUCAAUGCACCUGAAUACGCAAGCUUACACACGAAACUCCUUCAAAUCCAAUUGAGUGCAACAGCCGCAAGUGCACAGCCACAAGAACAGCAGUUAGAACAACUGCAACAACAACCACCACAACAACAACCACAACAAAAACCACAGCAACAACAACAAGUAAGUUUACUCAAGCCAGCUGUAAAAUGGCGGCACACCGGUCAAUGGCAACAAUUAGCCAAUGCAAGGACAAGCGAAGACAUAUCCGCAGCAGGACACAACUAAACGAACUCCUGCGCCGCACACUGCCCAUUGUCAUCAUCGUCGUGCUGCUGCUAACACAGCACUGGGAAAGCGCCAGCGCCCAGAGUCUGAUGGCCAAGCAUGAGCCCAUGUUCAUAUCACGUUCGGAGACAUUCAAAUUCAUAGCCGGAGAUAUUAUAGUGCUGCCCUGUGAGGUGGCCAAUACGGAACCCUAUGUGGUUGCCUGGAAACGUGGCAUUGCCAUUUUAACCGCCGGCUCUGUAAAGGUGACGCCCGAUCCGCGCGUCCGUUUAGUAAGCGGAUUCAAUCUACAGAUACGUGACGCUGUGCCCCAGGAUGCUGGCGAUUAUAUAUGCCAAAUUGCCACUAUGGAACCACGGGAAAUAACACACACCGUCGAAAUACUGGUACCACCGAGGAUUCAUCACAUUAGCACCGGCGGACAUUUGCAAGUCAAAAAAGGUUCAUCAGUGCGCAUUGAGUGCUCGGCCUCUGGUAAUCCAACGCCAAAUGUGACUUGGAGCCGCAAAAAUAAUAUUUUGCCCAACGGCGAGGAGAAACUACACUCGCACGUCCUGUCAAUCGAGAAUGUGGAUCGUCAUAAGGGCGGCGUCUACAUAUGCACCGCCAACAAUGGCGUCGGCCAGCCCGCAUCCAGCCAGGUCGUGCUGCACGUCUUAUAUCCGCCAGAAAUCUCCGUGGAGCGUCCCGUUGUCUUCUCCGGCGAGGGGCACGAGGCGAUGCUGGUCUGCAUCGUGCAUGGCGAAACACAGCCUGAGGUAAUUUGGUUCAAAGACACCAUGCAAUUGGACACCACCGAGCGGCACAUCAUGGAGAAUCGCGGCUCACGUCACACGCUGAUUAUACGCAAAGUGCAUCCGCAGGACUUUGGCAACUACUCUUGCGUGGCUGAGAAUCAGCUUGGCAAGUCACGCAAAACUCUGCAGCUGAGCGGAAAACCGAAUGUUGCCGUUUUUAAUUCACCGGCAAUCAGUCAAUACAAGGACAGAUACAACAUCUCGUGGGCGGUCGACUCGCAUUCACCCAUCGAGGAGUACAAGUUGUCCUUCCGCAAGCUGCCACAAGGACAUGAGGUCGUUGACAAUGCCAUUGACUCGCAAUCCUCGUCGUCAUCGUCCUCAUCCUCCUCCUCGUCGUCCUCGUCUUAUGGCGCUGCCAGCCACAAUCAUCGCAUUGGCAGCAACUUGGCCAACUAUGGCGGCUAUGGCAAUCUGAUGCGCUGGGGCCACAACGAUUGGCGCGAUGUGGUGCUGCCCGCCGUUCCACUGUCACACCACUAUGCGCAGGGCAUGAGCUACAUGGUACGCGGACUGGAUCCAGAUCAGCAGUAUGAGGCCACAGUGCAGUCCCGCAAUCGCUAUGGAUGGAGCGACUUGACUAACAGCUUCUACUUUUCAACAUCGUCAAAUGAUGUGCUUGUCGAUUUGUCCACAUUCUUAAAUCACGGUCAGUCAGAUAACGAGAUGCGGGAUCUGAGUGUUACCUUCUAUGGCAGCGGUGCGGUCAAUCGACAGAAACUGAGUCUGGUUACACUGAGCGGCGUUACGCUAAUGCUUAAACUAAUCAUGGCUUAGACCCAUCGCGUUAGUUUUAAUUGGACUUAAGUAACGAAUUUCACCGCCAAUAGCAUACACAAAUUGAACGAGUUUUUGGUUUGUUUUGGAAUACUUACUUAACGGCAACCGAACCGGCAGUAAUUGUGCCAGAUUGAAGAAAAAAGAAAGGAAGUAAAAAAACAGCUCUAGUUGUAACUAGUUUAAGACAUGCAACAUUUUCUCAAACUCAACUCAACUCAACUCUCAAUUUUGAAAAUUCUCAGAACAUUUCAAACAUUAAACGAAAAACAAAGUAAUAACUAAAGGCAAGAAAUGGAACCAUACAAGUAUAUAUACAUAUACUACGAUACAAUCAAUGUAAUAGCGUAAGCAACGGUGCAUACAACAUAUGCAUACGCUCACACUCACAAACACAUACACAUACACACUUAAAUACAUGGAUACAUAAAAUAUCUCAACAUUUCAACACUCGAAACUCCAGUGUACAUAGAUUUUAUUGCAUACUUUUAGGUGUAGGCAAAAAACUGCACUAAAGAAGCAAAUGAGAGAAAGAAAAAGCGUUAGGAAGCUAAAUGAAUUAUGAUAUAAAGAUACAGAACAACAAAAUGAUACACACCCACACAGCCACACACAUACACAACAACACACAGACACACACAAAUAGUUGUGUUUAAAAUAAUAGCAUUGCUUGAGUGUGUGCGUAUCUUGUAUCUAGUAUCAAGUAUCUUGUAUCUAGCAUUUAGUAAAUUGUAUGUGUUAAUUAAAUUAACAUGCCAGUGCUUAGCCAAUUAUUCGUAUUCAAACAAAAUGCAUACAAAUAAAAGUAUAAAAAGCGAAAUGAAUGUGUAUUUAUUUGCGCAUAUUAAGAUGGAAUACCAAUAAGUUUGUAUUUCAAUUCCAAUAUGAUAAAGCAAGUCGCUGUUUUUUCUAGCUUUUUGCUAUUUUGAUGUCUGUAGAAUUAAGUAGCAUAAAUAACAGCAGAUAAAUUAAUAAGCUUUGAUUUCUACAUGUAAAUUACAUAAAUACACGUACACACACACACACAUAAAUACACAAACAUACAUAGUCUAUAAAUUAAUGCUUUGUAUUGCAUAAGUGUAAAUAAUUAGAAUUGAUAUCGAGCAGAGCAGCUUAAAAGGCCAAGUAGCAAUCCAAUUGAGCAGCGGCAAAGUGCUGCAUCUUAUGGAUACAUAUACAAAUAUUAAUUAUACAAAUAAAUAUAUAUUAGCAAAUUUAUUCCGUAACGCAUUCGACUUGAGCACAGUAAACAGGGUGCGGCCCAGGUUGUUUUUCUUCCAAUUUUCUAACAUUGUUUUCUUUUGUAUAUAAGCUGCACCAAGAUAAUUCCCCUUAUAUAAAUACUAUAUAUAUAUAUACAUAUAUAAAUCGCACACACAAAAUGUUGCAAAAGGCACCGUUUGUUCGCAGCACCCUGUAUUAUAAUUUUUAGAAAAUUUUCAAUGCUAGGCAAAAUAUUUCAUCUAGUCAAAUGCAGUAAGUACAUCAUAAGAAUACAAAUCAUGAUAAAUUUAAAGCAGCUGUUGCUUAAAAUAAAUAUCAUAAAAAAAAACAGAAAAUUAUAUGUAAACACGAAAGUCUAUUUAUAAAUAAAACUAAAUAAACAAUUUACUCAAAACAGCUUUUAAUUAAUAACAGUCAUUUGCCCGAGCGAACGGCUGCACAGAAAACACAAAAAAAAUACAAAAAAAUUAAAACAACAAACGGAAACAGAAAAGAAAAAGAAAAUCCUAAAAUGGUAUUAAAAAAUUAUAUGUUUAAUUCAAACUCAUGGCCAAAUGCAGAAACGGCAAGGCGAACGUAUUUAUAAUUAUACUUAUUAAAAU